AUGAAUUAUAUAGAAUGGCCUAAUUACGUAUGCAAUAAUCCUAGAAAAAACCCUAGCGAAUGGGAUAGCGAUGAUAAAAAAAUUUGUGAAGAUUUUAUAAGAUUAUUUAUUUUUAUGUCUCAAGAUAGACACACAAAGACAGUUUUGGAUAUAAAUGAUUAUAAAUUUUUAAACUUCUGGUUAAAUAAAAAAUUACGAGAGAAAGGAAAGGAAGAUAAAUUUAUAAGUAAUUUUUUCACUUACUUGAACAAUAAUAAAGAUAUUUUUGAUGGUGAUAACAAAUUGAAAGGUAAGCUACAAGAUAUUUCUUCAGGUGAAUGGGAAAAAAUGGAUCUCCUAUAUAAUUUGCAUCAUAAUUAUAGUAAAAUUAGAAACGAAAUUUUUAAUACAGAGAAAGAGAAAAAAUGCAAGAAUUAUGCAAAAAAUUGCGUUGAGAAAAUGGAAAAAGCAAUAAAAGAAUAUGGCGAAAGUCCUGAUACAGAAUUUUACGACGCAUUAAGAGAAUUUAGUCAUUUAUACACAUAUGAUCAAUAUAAUUCUGUAUCAUGUAGAAAUGUAAAUUUACCGCAACUACCAAAACUCAAGCCAUUAACAAUAAACUCAGAGAAUUCUGAACAGGAUGGAAAAGGGCCUAAAAAGACUGUAAAGGAGGUUAAAAAGGAAGUAGUUAUAAAAUGUGACGAAGAGAGUAACACAUUUGAUAUUGUAAAUUUCCGAAAUACGGAUAAUUAUGUAUGUUACAAUAUAUUAUUAAAAUUCUUUUUUAUAAUUACCCCUUUGAAGGAAAAAAAAUAUACGUAA